UUUUCUCGUGAAGAACGCAGUGCCGGGACGACGAAAGCACCACCUACGGCUUCGCGAGGGAUCGACCAAUGCUGGCACAUAGCUGUGAUAUGCGCUAUGAUCUCGUUUCUCACAAACGCAUCCAUCCGGUCAUCGGGAUUCCUGUACGUUGGAAUUAUGAACGAAUUCCAAGUGGGCCGUGGUCAAGCAGCAUGGCCAAUAUGUCUCAUGGGAGCCAUGGCAAAUAUGGCCGGUAUCGGAUCUGGCUUUGUCCUGAUGACGCUCCCUGUGUAUAUCAACCAACACUUCGAAAAAUACCGAGGAUUUGCCCUGGGCAUUGCGUACGCAGGAUCUACGAGCUCGGCCUUCGUAUUUCCUAAGCUGCUGCUGUAUCUCAAGAAUACGUACAAUUUCCGCAGCAGUAUCAUGAUCUUCGGUGCCAUCGUCAGUCACGUCAUCGCCGCUAGCCUCCUCCUUAAAGAGCCGUCGUGGAUCCGAAAAAAGCGAGUCGAUGACGCGUUGGCGUUGAAGCAGGCCAAGGACAUUUUCACCAUUGAAAAAGAAGCCACCAAGACGACAGUGAAUAGCACUGCGUUCAGUAAAACAUACCGUGAUAAAAAAACGGACACAAAUACUGCCGCAAACAGCAAAGUCAACCCUUGGAGCAUCCGGCAUGGACUCACCGUAUUGGAGAACCCCAUGUUUUACGCAGUGAUGUUGACGUACGUUGUGUUCGGUUACAAUUUCGACGUCUUCAUGGCCACUAUUGUGGACUUUGCCGUCGACAAGGGUACAGCGUUAGAAGCGGCCGUAGGUCUAAUACCGUUGUUCUCAUUUACUGACACGCUUGGACGGUUGUUUAUUCCUCUGCUCGUCGACAAGGGAUAUGUGACGCGUAGUUGCCUGGCAACGGUUAAUUACUUAUGGAUGUCCCUUGUGUUAUUUACGUUUCCGCUGGUACGUGGUUACUAUGAGAUUAUGGCUGCCUGCAUGUGCCUCUCCUUGGCUAUCGGAUGCAGCGUCACCAUGUACCCGGCCCUCAUGGCCGACUACAUGGGCAUUCAGCGCUUACCAAUCAGCUACGGUAUCGUCGGCGCCGUGGCUGGACCCCUGUUCGUACUCAAACCCUUAUUUAUUGGUUUCUUUCGAGACCACGUCGGCUGCUACAGCAACAUGUACCGGUUCUUGUCCGGAGGCGUGUUCGUGUUAGGACUGGUAUGGCUAGCCGUGUUCCAGAGCGAGAGGCGCAAAAGGAAGGAGUGGAAACCGCAACCGGCCGGAGCCACCGAAGCCAUCCUCGUCGAUGGCGGAAAGGCGUACACCCGCGCGGCAAACAAGUACGUCAGAUAUGGCUUUAUUAGCCUUGGAAAGGAGUUCCGUGAGAGGACUGGCGAUGUUGGCAAAAUUCUUGACAAGACGAUGAAAGUAGGAGCACAGGCCGAUAAAGCUCCGGGCAUCUUUCACGGACCGUGGUAUCGGGAAAUCUUUAACGACUUGAACUUUCCCAGGAUCAGGCUGCACGCCACGAGCGCUGACAAGGUGGCCUAG